GGUGACCCUUGCCGCCAAAGUCGUCGCGGCCAAAAGAAGAAGUUGUGCGGGAAUUUUCCAAGCUUGUUCAUUUCCUGCAGUUUUGUUUUCUCCCCUUCUUCUUUUUUAGUUUUUUCUCUCUUAGUCGCAUUACGGAGCCAGUUUGAGCUGAUCGUUGUCGCCAGAGAUGGAGGUUGUGGCUUCUGUUGGCGGAGCUUUAUUGUCCGAGUCAUUGAAGCUGCUGAUCGAAAAGCUGGGUUCGCACGACUUUCUCAAGUACUUCCGUCAAGCCCAAGUCGUGGCCGAGCUCAACUGCUGGGCUAGUCUAUUGAAGAAGAUCUAUGCAGUGCUUGAUGAUGCCGAGGAGAAGCAGAUGACCAGCCGAUUGGUGAGCAUCUGGGCGACCGAGCUUCGAGAUUUGGCUUACGAUGCAGAGGAUGUGCUUGAUUCCUUUGCUACGGAGCAAUUGCAGAGGAAGAUCAAAGCAGAAACUGCUUCAGCUAGCACAAGUAAGGUUCAGAAACUAAUCUCCACAUGUUUUUCUGCUAUCAAUCCCAGAACCCUUAAGUUCAAUGCUGAAAUGGUGUCGAAGGUUCGAGAAAUUACUGUUAGAUUGCAGAAGAUCAGCGCAGAGAAGAAUCACCUGGAUUUGAAGGAGAUUGUUGGGACUAGGCUACCAACGACAGCAGAAAGAUUACCAACGACUUCUCUGGUAAAUGAGAGCAAAGUUUAUGGGAGAGAUGAAGAUUGGCUAGGGAUCUUGGAGCUUUUGAGAGCUAAUCAAACUGAUGUAGAUGUAUCAGUGAUUCCUAUAAUUGGUAUGGGGGGACUUGGCAAGACCACCCUUGCGCAGCUGGUGCUUAGCCGAGCAAAAUCAGAGUUUGAUGUCAUAGCUUGGGUUUCAGUUGGUGAGGACUUUGAUGUCCAUAGGAUAACCAAGACCAUUCUAGGUUCAGAUGGUUCUGGUUGUAAUGAUUUAAAUUCGUUGCAAGAGAAGUUGAAGGAGAAGCUGUCCGGGAAGAAAUUUCUAAUUGUUCUGGAUGAUGUUUGGAAUGAGGACUACCAGAAAUGGGUUCUUUGUCGAGCUCCACUUGAAACUGGAGCUCUUGGAAGCAAAAUACUUGUUACCACUCGUAAUAGUAGUGUUUCAUCGAUCAUGGGUACCUUUCCACCUUAUCUUCUCAAGGAGUUGGCUUUCAAUGAUUGUCUCCAUCUAUUCGCUGAUCAUGCUUUGGGAACAACAGCGUUCACAGCACACUCAUAUCUCGAAGAGAUGGCAAAGGAGAUUGUCAAAAGGUGUCGAGGUUUGCCAUUAGCAAUUAAGGCCCUUGGCGGGAUGUUACGAGGUAAACAGAAUCCCAAGCAAUGGGAAGAAGUGUUGUACAGCAAAAUAUGGGAUUUGCCUGAGACCAAUGGCAUUCUUCCUGCCUUGAGGUUGAGCUAUCAUCACCUUCCUUCGAACCUGAAGCGAUGUUUUGGCUAUUGUGCAAUACUUCCAAAAGACAUGGAAUUUGAGGAAGAUGAGUUGGUGUUACUGUGGCUGGCAGAGGGCUUUCUAGUUCUGCGAAAACAUUCUGAGAAGUCUGCAAAGAACUUGGGCCACAAAUAUUUCCAUGAUCUAUUGUCAAGAUCAUUCUUUCAGCAAGCAAAUGACAAUUCAUAUUCUUUUAGAAGACGUGACAACCCAUCUCGGUUCACCAUGCACGACUUGAUGAAUGAUCUAGCAGAGUAUGAGAGCAAAGGGAUAUGCUUGAGGUUGGAUGACAAGUUGGAAGACACUGUGUCAUUCCCGACAGUUCGUUAUUCCUCUUUCAGGCGUCACAAAUAUGACUUAUUACAAAGAUUUGGAGUAUUUGCUAAAUUGAAGAACUUGCGAUCACUCUCAGCAUUGCCAUUUACAACUUAUUCAGAUGACUUCUUAUCCUACCAAGUGCUGCUUGAGUUGGUGCCAAAACUAAAAUAUCUGAGGGUACUUUCAUUAGCUGGUUAUAAAAUGGAAGAGUUACCUGAUGUGGUUUUUACUCUGAAGCAAUUGCGGUACCUUAACUUGUCAGGCACUGACAUUGUCGGCUUGUCUGAACUGGUAGGCGAGCUCUUCAACUUGCAGACUUUAAGAUUACAUGGGUGCCAGAACCUUGUAAAGCUGCCACGAAGUAUUGGCAAUCUGAUCAAUCUACAGUGGCUUGACAACAGCAAUACAGUCAGCUUGCAAGAGCUUCCGGCAGAGGUAGCUAAGUUGACAAAUCUGACUAUUUUGCCUAAGGUUUUGGUCGGGAAGGGCGGGAAGGGGUUUCGGAUAGUGGACUUGAAGAAUUUGCCUCAACUUCAGGGAAAGCUUCACAUACAGGGGCUGUGUAGUAAUUUUAUGAAUAUCCAAGAUGCAGAGGUUGCUGAUUUAAAAGGCAAACAAGAUUUGGAUGAUUUAGGCUUGGAAUGGUGUACUGACUCCCAAUGUUCUCACGAUGAAACAGUUGAGGUAAAGGUCUUGAACUUACUACGACCUCACUGGAAGCUGAAAAAGCUUUCAAUUAAGUUUUACGGCGGUGUGAAGUUCCCAGUAUGGGUUGGAGAUCCCACAUUUGCUGCUAUGGUGCAUUUGGAGCUCCUGAACUGUCGUAAAAUCAGGUCAGUUCCUCUACUCGGACAGCUAUCCUUGCUUACAACUCUGAGAUUAAGUGGAAUGGAUAAAGUGAAAGAAAUCGGAGGUGAGUUUUAUGGAAAUAAUAUUUGCACUGGUUCAUCUUUACCUUGUGUAUUUCCCGCAUUGGAGACUCUAUGCAUAGAGGAUAUGCCAGAGUGGGAAAAAUGGUCUUGUCCUACUGAAUGUUUCCCAAAGUUGGUUGAGCUGACAAUCGGUAACUGCCCCAAGUUGAUCGGGAAUUUACCGAACUCCUUACCUUGCCUCCAAAGACUCAAUAUUAGAGGGUGCCAACAGAUGGCUGAUUUACCUGAAACUCUUGCUUCUCUUUCAGCAUUGUCUAUUACAGAGUGUAACAAGUUGAUCCUCAGAAAUGUUACUAGUAUGGAGUCCCUUACCACAUUAAGGAUCAGGAAGAUUUUGAAGCUGGUAAAUUUGCAAGAAGUGAUGAUACAUGGCUUGGGGGCACUAUCCUCUCUGAAGGAAUUGGGUAUAGAUGACUGUGAAGACCUUAUGUUUCUAGGAGAAGGGCCUCUUCCUUCCAGUCUUGAAUUCUUGCUGCUAAAUCGCUGCCCAAAACUUGAGAAAUUCCCAGAUGGGCUGCACAACCUCACACAUCUAAAAACACUUGAGUUUCAGAAUUGUCAAAAGCUUGUCUCCUUGUCAGAACGAGGCUUGCCAUCCAGUCUUAGUCGUGUGUGGAUUUCAUGCUGUGACUCUUUGAAGUCCUUCCUCAUAAGUAACAUGAACUAUGCAGACAAUAGGAAUGCUGAGAAGCCUUCUCAACUGGAGGAAUUGACAAUCUCUGGAUGUUCAUCUCUAACCAUUUUACCUAGUACAUGUCCAUUUCCUGGUUCCCUGAAGCAUCUUUCAAUUUGUAGCCUCACAACACAAUCUCUUGAAGAUCUACUUCACCAUCCUGUUCUCCCUCAGCUCACUGAACUAUCAAUAACACACAGUCCAGAGUUAGAGAGGUUCCCAGAGAGGGAAUUGCUCGUCCUUCAAACCCUUACACGUCUCCGGUUCUUUUUCUGUGAGAACUUGAGGUCUCUUCCCAAUCAACUGCCACACCUGACCUCUCUUCGACUUCUGGAGAUAAUCCUGUGUGAGAGUCUAGAGUCCUUUCCGGAAGGUGGGUUGCCCUUGAACCUGAUCAUGCUUACUAUCACAAACUGCAAGAGUCUCAAGCAGCCAAUAUCCGAUUGGAAGCUUAACAGGCUUACCUCGCUGAAGCGACUCUCAAUUGUAGGUGAAUGUCCUAGUACUCAGGUGGCCUCCUUCCCAGAUGAUGAAGGGCUGUUGCUCCCCACUUCGCUAACUUUUAUCCACAUUGCACACUUCAGCGAGCUGAAGUCUAUAUCCAAGGGUUUGAUGGACCUCAACUGUUUAGAGGAGCUGGUGAUUUGGCACUGCCCAAAGCUCCGGUCUUUACCAGAUGAGGGACUUCCACCGUCGCUCGGGUGCCUGAAACUUUACGAGUGUCCUCUUCUGAAGCCAAAAUGUGCAAAGCAAAAAGGAGAGUACUGGCCCAUCAUACACCACAUUCCCUGCGUCGCAAUUGAUACGGGUGAGGCUUAUUCAUAUGGAUGGACUGAUCCUUAGAGAGUUAGAGUUCAGUUCAUGGAGUGGCUGGGUACUAAUGCCAGUUCCAAGAUGAAGAAAUGGAUUUAGUAAAUGUAAGUAUCUGUCUGCUAUAUAGGAUUACACUUGAAGGAAAGAUCAGAAACCGUGCAAGAUAUAUGUUUUGUUCUAAUGCCAUUGCCAGAUAUUAUGAACUGUAAGCAUAGAUAGAGGUAUUAGUGGGUUUAUGAACAUGUCAUAGUUCAGUAGUCGUGUGGGGAUUAGUUGGUAUUCGACCAAUCAUGAGUUGCAGGGUUAUGAACAGAAUAUGUAACUUUCUUGGGCAUUGAUCAGGAAUAUCAAAUAACAAGAGCCCUGAAUAUGUAACUUUCUUCCAUCUCUCAAUUCAAUCUCAAGUUCGCUCUAGAUUCUGCAUCUUUCUCAGUAUCAGUGCAGUACUAUCAAUUAGACAGCAACUUGCUGACAUCAAUUUUAUAUUUGAGCUGGUUAGGAGAUCCUGCCCACCGACACAAUCCUCCUCCUCGACUCUGUCAUCCUCAAAAAUCCUAAGCCGUCGGUGACUAUUUAAUUCCCAGAUGGACCAGUGCUGCUAAAGAAAAAGCCCUUUUCAUAUUUAGUUCGAAUCCCCUCACCUUCACAUGCUGCUGUCGGCGAGGGUACAUCCUUCUUCGCUGGUAGUGGGACAAAAUUUGAUCGGCUGCUCCACAAUUGCCUCUCUCUUCCUCUUCCUCACACCACCGACAAAUUGAUUCCGUACUUGAACUCACAAAUGGAAUCAGAUCUAAUCUUUGACACCGGAUCCGACCAAUAUUUACAGACCAUAAGAUCCGGCCAAUAUCAACCUGCUGCGCGAGUCAGAGCAUGCAAGAGAGCUCAACGUACAGAAUCACGCAGGUGGGUUUCUCUGAUCAGAUGCAAAGCGAGACAGACAGACAAAAUAAUAAACUUUUUAUUUUAUU